GUUGCUUGUUUCCGGGCGGACCGUUGCACCCGCACAAUGUUUUGCCAGCUCGUUGCUAGGUAACCAGGAAAGCUGGUGACGGCGGCAUUGGGCGGGAAAGCCCGAGUGACGGCCGGUGUCGGAGUGUCCGAGCUGCCAGGCCCGCAGUGUCCUCUCACCGGACGGGUGACCCCCUCCUGACAUGGCUGCUCCCCUGCCGGCCAUGGACGCGGCGGUCACGGUGAGCGGCUCCGUGCAGAAAUAUGUCUCCAAGAAGAAGAAGGUGCUGAACGCCGAGGAGGCCGAGCUGUACGAGCUGAGCCAGGCUGCCGGCAUCGCCCUGGACCAGGAGGUGUUUAAGAUUAUUGUGGAUUUAUUAAAGCUGAAUGUGGCUCCAUUAGCGGUAUUCCAGAUGCUGAAGUCAAUGUGUGCUGGACACAGACUGGCAGACUCUGCCUCAGCUGAGACCUGCUCUUCUUCUACAGCUGUGCCAUCUAGUAAUACAGAAGCAAGAGAGGUUCCAUUCAUGUCAGCCAAGAACAGUAAAAUCCCUGCACCACUCACCUUUUCUUCUUCUGCCCUUCGACCUCCAAGAGUUAAAGGCACUAAGAUUGUGGUCUACAGUCCUGUUGAUGCUUGCUCACCUCUUUCUCAAGGUCCCCCUGGUUCCUUCGAGCUUUCUUGCUGCCUGUUCUCCCCAUUUGCAGGAAAAAACAAACUAAAUCCUCCUUCAAAUGUCACCCAAAGCCAAAUUGACCGGGGAUCCCGUGAUGGCUCAACUCAGAGAGUCCCACGCCAGCCGAGUGCCAGUCGCAUGCAAAAAAGCAGCAGCUCAGGGAAGAGCAGUGGUGGAAGCAGUACAUAGUGUGCAGGAUGUCUUGCUCCUUGACAUCGGAGUAAUAUCCAGACUGUUUAGCUCCUGCUAAUUACAAGCAAAGCUUGUGGUACUGUAUGAGACAGGAGGGUUGGUCUUUCUGUGUGUCUGUUGUUGUUUUUUUGUUUUUUUUCCUUUCAAAAAGUCUGUAUAAUUCGGAAGAUUACUUAAUAUUUGAAAUCUAUGAUCUGCGUAUGUCUUUCAGUCUUUGCACAGAGUUUCUGGUUUGAGCAGUGCAUUUGUCAUCAGUGUGUUUGUUCAAUCCUCUUGCAGUUUGACUCGGGACAUUCUUGUGUCCUGUGGAGCCAGAGGUUCAUCAGAUUUUAAAGAUAACAGCACAUUGAUAGCUAUCCCCGCCAUAAUUUGAAAAUCCUAGCAUAAGGUGUUCAGAGGCUUAUAGAAGUUGGGGCAUUUGCAGUCCAAUCAGUGUAUCACCUGUGAACACAUGGAAUUUAACCACAGAUGUAACCUGCUCGUGUUUAUUUUUCUGUUGCUGUACAAUCAUUUCCUGCAAUGUUAAAGCCUUGGCUAAAAUGUUACCUGCUCAUGCCAAUGAUAAAUGCGUUCUAAGUGCAAACAGUACCUUGGACAGUAGCAAUAUGUACACAAGCUGCUUUGACAAUUCUAAUUUACCAUGCUUCGACCUCUGAAUUACUGUUUGGAAACAUUAGCAUGUUGUACCCCAAAACAUGUGGUUUUCUACUGUAAGGGGAUACACUUUCUUGUAUGCAUCAAAUUAGUCAUUUCAUCAUGUGUUCAAUGUUGCAAAGGAUUACAUGCAUAGAAAUGUAUGCUAGGAGUGAUUUUCAAAGUGCCUGUUAUUUUAUUAGUGAUGCAAGUGUAUUAGAAAUAUUGUGUUUAAUCUAAUUGCAUGGAGGUACUCGGCUAGAAAUGGUUGUGUGUAUGCUAAUAAUAUCAUGCUGCUAUAAGGGGGUAUAGUGCAAAAUCAUGUUUCUAUAAGCAAAAACCCAAACCUAGCUGCAGGGUUAUUUGCUGGUUAUAGAGUUUUCUGUUAACAAUUACAGCCAAAGUUAUGUCAUUAAACCUCUCCAAAAACAUAUUAUAAAGCCUUAUUGUAUACAAUGUACAAACUGUAGUAGAUGUAUAUAGGUACUGAAAACAUAUUUAUUAUUGUUGCGAUAACCAUUGAUAAAUGGAAGGAUGUUUAGUUCUAGUGGUGCUAGAGGCCAAGAAACUUGAGCAGUGUUGAUCUAUUGGAAAAUAACUUAAAGGGACACUCCAAGCACCCAGACCACUUCUGCCCGUUGGAGUGGUCUGGGUGGCAACUCCCACCACCCAUAACCCUGCAAGUGUAAUGAUUGCAGUUUUUAUAAACUGCUAGAAUUACCUUGCAGGAUUAAGUCCUCCUCUAGUGGCUGUCUAUCAGACAGCCACUAGAGGGUCAUCCGGGUUCUUGAAACACGAAAAGUGUUUUAAAUUACGCUGGACAUCCUCACGCUAUGCAUGAGGACCUCCAGUGUCGUCGGAAUCCCCAUAGGAAAGCAUUUAAAAAUGUUUUCCUAUGGGGAGGUCUAAUGCACGCGACCAUUGCCGCGCAUUUGCAUUAGGUCUUCCCUGCCGACGUCAGGGAGAAGUGUGGGUGGAGCUUGAUUCUGGUAAGUCACUGAAGGGGUUUUAACCCCUUCAGCAACAUAGGAUGGGAGGGGGGCACUGCAGAAACGGAUUUGUUUUCCUGGCAUUGGAGAGUCCCUUUAAAUAAAGUGAUUGGCAGAUAGUCUGCUGUUCACAGUUGCUAUUCUGUUUCUCAUCAUUGCACGUUAAGGCCAGCUCUGCUUUAAAACACUGUGGAUGUCUAAAUAUAAUCUAUAUAGCCAUGUUUUGUUAGUUUGCUUAUUGAAUGUCAUUGCUAAUUUUAAGUGUGGUAUUUUGCUGACGGUUUCUGAAAAAUGCUACAAGUUAAUUGUAUUGUUUAUUUUUCUAGAAAACAAAAAUAGAAAAUCUGAAACAAGUGUAUUUCAAUAUUGGCAAGUAAAAAUACUACAAGCUGAUGUGUUGCCUUCUUCCUUCUAAACCAAAAAACUAAAGUAUCAGAGUAAAAUUAGAG